UUCGCUCAGUUGUUUAGUGUUAAAGGUUGAUAGUAUAAUAUUAACAAUGUGUUGCGCAGGUCGCUAGCUAGGAUAACGAUAGCCAAUUCUGCAUAGUGGUUAAGCUAGCUGGCUUUUACUUUCUUUUUUCACAGUACCUGUUACUUUGUGCGUUACAGAAACUGAAUGAAUGAGAACAGCAUGUCGGGGGUACCUGCAGUGCGCGUGAGUAUUGAGUCAUCCUGUGAGCGGCAGGUGCAGGAGGUUUCACUGGAUGGAGUGGAGACGUAUGUGCCACCACUUUCCAUGUCACAGAACCUUGCAAAGCUUGCACAGCGCAUUGACUUUGGUCAGGGCUCUGACUCGGAUGAGGAGGACCCAAAUGGACAAAGCAGAGUGUCUGACUGGAGCAAGCAAGACCUGGAGGGGGAAGAGGGACUGGUAAAAUUCCAACCUUGUUCGUGGCCAUGGGAUUCAGUGAGGAACCAUCUACGGAGUGCUCUGACUGAGAUGUGUGUUCUGCAUGACAUGCUCAGUGUCAUCAAGGAGAAGAAGUAUAUGGCUCUUGAUCCAGUAUCCCAGGAUCCCAUUGUUGUCAAAACCCCCCAGGUUUUCCAGUUGAUCAGUAAGAAGAAGUCUCUGGCCACUGCAGGCCAGUUGCUGUUGAGGGGGGCAGAGAAGCUAAGUAAGUCUGUAGCAGAGAGUCAGGAGCAGUGGCGUCAGCGUGAUUUUAAUGCAGAACUACUACACCUGCGCUCACAGUGGAAGUUGCGCAAAGUUGGAGACAAAAUCCUUGGAGAUCUUAGCUACCGUAGCGCAGGGUCAUUGUUUACUCAUCAUGGCACUUUUGAGGUGAUUAAAAACACAGAUAUUGAUUUGGAUAAGAAAAUUCCAGAUGAUUACUGUCCACUCAACGUUCAGAUUCCGAGUGACCUAGAGGGCUCUGCAUACAUUAAGGUCUCUAUUCAGAAACAGUCUGCUGAUAUAGGAGACCUGGGAACAGUCAAUCUUUUCAGGAAGCCCCCCAAAGCCAAGCCAGGCUCCCAGAUAUGGCAUCUAAAGCUGGAAGCUGCUCAGAAUGUGCUGCUAUGUAAGGAGAUAUUCGCUCAGCUCUCUCGGGAGGCAGUGCAGAUAAAAUCCCAUAUUCCACACAUUGUUGUCAAAAACCAGAUCAUCUCACAGCCUUUUCCUGGACUUCAGCUCUCCAUCUCAUUGUGCCACUCUACUACGGAUAAGAAGAACCAGAGAGCUUCACCAGACAAAACCAAACCAGAUGACCAUCUAUAUGUGUUGGAACACAACUUGCACCAACUUAUUAGAGAGUUCCAUAAACAGACUCUGAGCUCCUCUGUGAUGCCCCACCCUGCAAGUGCUCCGUUUGUUCCUAAGCGUCUGCGGAUGGCUGGACCAAUGGCUUAUGAUAAGUCGGAGAUCAGCUCGCUGCAGCACAGUGAGGGCUUACUUGAGAAAAUAGUCAAACAAGCCAAACAUAUUUUCCUCAGGAGCAGGACGGCACGAACCAUUGACAGCUUGGCAAGUCGUAUUGAGGAUCCUCAGAUUCAGGCUCACUGGUCCAAUAUUAAUGAUGUUUACGAGUCCAGUGUCAAAGUGCUCAUCACCUCACAAGGCUAUGAGCAAAUCUGCAAGUCUAUCCAGCUACAGUUGAACAUUGGAGUGGAGCAGAUCAGAGUUGUGCACAGAGAUGGUCGUGUCAUCACUCUUUCUCACCAAGAGCAAGAGCUGCAAGACUUUUUACUGUCACAGAUGUCUCAGCACCAGGUGCAUGCAGUACAGCAGUUGGCAAAGGUAAUGGGCUGGCACGUUCUAAGCUUCAGUAAUCAUGUGGGACUUGGAGCCAUUGAGAGCAUUGGCAAUGCCUCUGCCAUUACAGUAGCAUCACCAAAUGGAGCUUAUGCCAUUUCAGUACGGAAUGGGCCUGAGAGUGGAUUUAAGGUUCUGGUUCAGUUUCCACGUUGCCAGACUAAAGAUCUCCCAAAAAGCGACGUGUUGCAGGAUGGGAAAUGGAAUUUUUUGCGAGGGCCAUAUAAGGAAGUGCACUGGAGCAAGAUGGAGGGCAGGAACUUUGUUUAUAAAAUGGAGCUUUUAAUGGCAGCACUUACUCCUUGUCCUUAAAACAAAAGUGUCUAUAUGUCUAUAGAUAUGCAUACAUGUUUUAGCUUUUAUCCUUAUAAGUAAUUUUCUCCCCUCUUGGGAUCCCUGUUGUUGCAUUGUGUUUGUACUAGUUGCAUUAUUGUUGCAUUUCAGUAACAGUGUUUGACGGUGAACUUCUGGUGUUUCUGUGCAGCAUCUCUUAUGUGCUUAUAAAUAAAUAACUAUAGUGUAACCUCUAUCUGCAGACCAUUGGAAUGCUUCCCAUUGUAUCAUUUAGUUGGAUUUCAUACAGAAUAUGACUGCAUUAUGUUACUAUUUCCUUGGCCAAGAAACUUUUUGAGCUAUUUGAAGAGCAAUAUUAAUGGCUAAUUCAUGCUUAAAAGUAUCAUGAGCUGUGCAGUGGUUACACCAUUUUAUUGUAAUUGUUUCUAGUUGUGUCCUUUUAGAACAAUAAACCAGAUGCCUCAUUUAUAAAA